AUGUACCGCCCCAUGCUUCAGAAAUUCUUCGACACUUUCUUCAAGGGCGAUUUCCCCAAUAAGGGGAAACAGGUCUAUCUGAACCAUGUCGAGGAAGUGCGCAGUCUUGUCCCGAAGCAGCGAUUACUGGAGUACAAAAUCGGCGAAGGCUGGGUCCGCUAUGCGAGUUCCUGGGUGAAGAGAUUCCAGACGCUGUCUUCCCCAGAGGAAGCAUCACGCAGGGGUUUGUUGAGCGGUGCCGAACGUGGAAUCGCAGGCAGAUGA